AAAAACAUGGGUAAUCCAUUCUUUCAUGAACUGAAAAGGCAAGCAUCUUUAAUGUUAAAGGAGAAGGUAGUAAAACCCGCUCGUUUGGCGCUGACUGAUGUAACACCUGUACAACUAAUGACAGAAGAUGUCACAAAUGGAAAUUUGUGGCCACCUGAUACACGAACACUCAAACUGAUCUCAAGGGCUGCCUUUGAAGUUGAUGAUUAUUGGAGAAUUGUAGAGAUUCUGCACAGAAGGCUAUUAAACUUUGAUAGAGAGAACUGGCGUGGACCUUACAAGGCUAUGAUCUUAUUAGAAUACCUUCUAACUCAUGGACCCCUUAGAAUAUUUGAGGAGUUUCAGGAAGAUAAAGAUAUCAUUAAGCAGAUGGGAAGCUUUCAGUGUGUAGAUGAGAAAGGGUUCAACUGGGGAUUAAGAGUUAACAAGUUAUCUGAGAAAGUGUUAAAUCUUCUCGAGAAUUCGUCAUAUUUCAAAGAAGAAAGAGGAAGAGCUCGAAAGCUGACUAUAGGAAUUAAGGGGUUAGGGAGCUUCAACCCACGCUCCUCUUCCAUUGAUGCAAGUUUGAAGGAGUUUUCUCCCAAGUCAUAUGACAGAUGUAAUUCUGACUAUAUUGAUCAUCACAAUGAGGAGAGUCUUUUCUUCUAUGUUGAAGAUGGAAUCAGGGAAACACAAUCCAGAACGGAAGAAAAUCCUACGUGGGAACACUCUUUUUUUGGCAAUCAACACUAUCUAACAAAGAAACCUGUUGUAAUUCUUUCCUACAACACAGAACUCAGCAAUGCACAAACACUCCAAUACAAUAACUAA